GGACCCUCGGCCAAACGUGACAAGCCUGCAUGGACUUCACAACAAACUGAGGGAUAAUACAGUUUUUAUUUUCUUCUUUCAACUUAAUGUGAGCUGCAUGGUGCAGGAGGGUGUCUGUGCACAGUGUGGCUGUGGAUGAACAGACGGUGGCCUGUUGAGAGCAUAAAGCCUAAACAUGGUGAGGCUGGAGUUGGAUCAAGUCGUGAUGAGGAGGAUGAAGGAAGACGACAUUGAAAUAGUCAAAGCCCUCAUCAAGGAGGGCUGUGAGGGCACAGAAAACCGUCUCAUCCUCCACAUCCUCACUCGUCCACUCUGCCUUUUCAUUCUGGCAGUUUUCUCUUCAAUCCUGCGCUGCCUGGUGCACUCCUUUAUCAUGGCCCUUGCUAUUCCUGUCUUCCUGCUAAUUAUCUUUCUCAAAAUCACCAUGCCACGGUCCACAGGGGUUCUGGGCAGCCACCGCCCCUACUGGGAUUAUGUGGGUAGCAGCUUUAGGGGGACACAGGAUGAGACUCUGCAGAAUCCCUUCUGCAGGAUCAGUGGCAAGACACCUGUGACAAAAAAGCAAAGGCACAGGAUUGGAGCCAAAGAAAAGGACAAAGAUACAUCAACAGAGAAGAUAACCCCAGAGAGGGAAGGGGAAGCGGGGCAGGUGUGGGUUGCAGACUGUGAGGGAGACAUCCUGGGCUGCAUUUUUCGCGAGAGUGAGCAACGAAAAGGUAUAGGGAGGAUCUGCAGGCUGGUGAUAGGCAGCUGGUACCGCAGAGAGGGCCUGGGCCGGCUUCUUGUCCAGAGUCUGGAACAGAGGGAGAGGGAAACUGGAGCACACAGAGUAUACGCACAUGUCCCUUACCCUUCCAAGGUGGGGGAGGCCUUCUUCAGGAAACUGGGUUAUCAGCAGCUGGGGGAAGGUACUGAUGAAGAAGAAGAUAGAGACAGGAAGCGGGAGACACCAGAGAGAGGCUUUCUGGGAUACUCACUGACUAAGGUGUUUUACAAAGACCUGUGAUUGAGUG